GGGCGAGAAAGAGAGAGAGAAAGAGAGACUGGCCAUGGAUACAAUAGGACCAAACUUCCCACAUGGCUAACUCCGUAGGCCCUGUCCGCCAUAAUCCCUCUUACGCCACAGAGACGGUUUAUUCCGCCGGGCCUGAUUCGCUACAAAUCCCCGCCUCUCGGCAGCCCUAUUAUCCUCUCGAUCCUUCUUGAGCCCGAGAAGCCAGUGAAGAUCAGAAAGCCGUGCAAUGGGCACGUUCUUCACCAGCCGUCUUCCGCCAUUUCAGUCUCAACCCCAAACGCGUCUCCUAGAAAUGUCGACCUCGCGCGGCGAAGAACCAGACAGCAAUAGCAACAGCAGCAGCAUCGAAGCUGUCACGCUUCCUGCCACUCCCACCCUCACUCCCGCCUCCCCUCCUCCUCCGCCGCCCCCUCCACCGCCACCACCGCCGCCGCCGCCACCACCACCCUCAGCUGCACCGGCACCUUCAGCACCUCCCGCGGCAGCACCACCACCACCGGCGGCACCACUGUCCUCGGGCGGCUCGUUGGAGCGAUCCUCAGCGUCGCCGACUUCACCGCAGCAGCGCAUACGACACGUACAACAUCCGCAGCCCCAAACGGCCACACAGAAGCGUCGGAGGUUUCCGGUCUCGUGCUAUGAGUGUCGCCGGAGGAAACUCAAAUGCGAUCGCGAACAGCCGUGUCAGCGAUGUCGCAGCAGCCGCAGAGACUGCAUCUACGCGAAUGAAAGUCCCGUGGCGACUAAAGUCGCGAAAUUGAGCGAGCGCCAUAGCACCCCCGGAAACCCGAGGUUCAUUAAUGGCGGUAGUAGCGGUAGCGGAACAGGAGAAGUAGGGGGGGUAGGAGUAGGAGUAGGAGUAGGAGGAACAGGAACAGGAACAGGAACAGGAGGAGGGUAUGAGGAUUCGCAAGCGAUCAGGCACGCAUAUAGUCCCAUCAAUUGUGCGACAGCAGACAUUGCACCGGCACCUCACGCGUUCGACCGGUACGAAAGGAUUGCGCCACGGUUCGAUGCUGUGGUAGCCGAAAGGACGACGGAGCCCCCGUUCGUGAAACCAGUGCAUGUUCAAAGCCAACAAUUGCCGCAGAUACA